AUGCCACAGACACCAAUAUUUCCCAGCAUGCUUGGCUCUGCCUGUAGUGGACAGGUGCAGCCAGAAAUGGGCGAGCAGUCUGGAGAUCCUGUUUACCAAGAUGGCUGUUUGGUGUCUGGGUCCUUGGAAGCCUUAAUUGAACGCUUGGUGCCCACAGUGGAUUACUAUCCUGAUAGAACGUAUAUCUUCACCUUCCUGCUGAGCUCACGUGUCUUCAUCCACCCCCAUGAGAUUCUCGCUAAAGUGGGACAGAUCUGCAUCAAACAGAAACAACAGCUGGAAGCUGGGACGGAAGCUGACAAGGCCAAGCUGAAAUCCUUUGCUGCUAAGAUCAUCCAACUGCUGAGAGAAUGGACAGAGACCUUCCCCUUCGAUUUCCAGGAUGAGAGAGCUAGGAAAGAGCUGAAGGAGAUUGCACAAAGAAUCACGCAGUGUGAUGAGGAGAAUGGAACAAUCAAGAAGAGCAUCAGUCAGAUGAUGCAGAAUGUGCUCCUCGCCCUGUCCACGCGGGGCCAGUACCAGGAGAUCCGAGAGAAGAUCCGACAACCAGUAACUGAUAAAGGGACCAUUCUCAAAGCUAAGCCCCAGUCUGCCCAAAAGGACAUCCUGAGUGUGUGUGGAGAUCCACUCAUCUUUGCCCAGCAGCUUACGACAAUCGAAUUGGAACGGUUAGGAAGCAUUUAUCCCGAGGAUCUCAUGCAGAUCAUAACUCACAUGGACUCCUUGGAUAAGGACAACCACAAGUGCCGAAGUGACGUUACCAAGACCUAUAACCUAGAAGCCUACGACAACUGGUUUAACUGCCUCAGCAUGCUGGUAGCGACAGAAAUCUGCAGGGUGGUGAAGAAGAAACAAAGAACAAGGGUGAUGGAGUUCUUCAUAGACGUAGCCCGGGAAUGUUUUAACAUUGGAAAUUUCAACUCUAUGAUGGCCAUCAUCUCUGGAAUGAACCUCAGUCCUGUCGCUCGGCUUAAGAAGACUUGGUCAAAAGUCAAGACAGCCAAGUUUGAUGUGCUGGAGCAUCAUAUGGAUCCAUCCAGCAAUUUCUGCAAUUACCGCACAGCACUCCAGGGGGCAACACAAAGGUCUCAGAGUGCUAACAGCAGCCGGGAGAAAAUUGUUAUCCCAGUUUUCAAUCUGUUCAUCAAAGAUAUCUUCUUCCUGCACAAAAUCCACUCCAAUCGUUUGCCUAAUGGCCACAUCAAUUUUAAGAAAUUCAUGGAGAUUUCAAGGCAGAUUCACGAUUUCCUGACCUGGAAGCAGGUGGAAUGUCCAUUUGAGAAAGACAAGAAAAUUCAGACAUACCUUCUCACGUCACCAAUAUAUACAGAAGAAGCUCUCUUUGUGGCUUCUUAUGAAAAUGAGGGUCCAGAUAAUCAUAUGGAGAAGGACAGCUGGAAGACUCUCAGGUCAACACUUUUAAACAGAGCCUGA